AUGUCCAACCAACAUGACUCCUCAGCAGUAACACCACAUCGGCCCAAUAUACCGAGCAAGAUAUCAUCCGGAUCAGGAUCAUUCGCAAUCUCCCUUCCCGCCUCAUCCAGUCAAGAUGUCACUCCAUCUUCAUCAUCAUCUACCAAAGCUCGAUUCUCCACUCUAUCCGCUGCAUACCCUCUUAAACUUCUCACUCCAUCCGCACUGCCUUCUCAACCUUCCAGUCUAGGUAUACUAUACACACUAGCCUAUGGAGGUGGAUUAGUAUCAGGUGAUCUAAUAUCUCUACGGGGUGAAGUAGGACAGGGAUGUGGGUUAGUGAUGUGGACACAGGGAAGUACGAAAGUCUACAAGAAACGUCCAGGUAUAAGACCCAAAUCGUCCAAUACCAAAAUACAAGGGGAAAUGACCAAACAACGUCUACAUGUUACUAUUCAAACCGACGGUAUGUUGUUACUGUUGCCAGAUUCGAUAAGUCCAUUUUCCAAAUCGAAAUAUACCCAACAUCAACGAUUCGUCUUGCCAUCCGAUUGUACCGGAUCAGCCCUGAUUCUAGAUUGGGUAAACUCCGGUAGAGGUCUGCAAGAUCAACAGAAAGAAACCGAGAUAUGGUCAAUGGAUUAUUACGAUUCGACGAACGAGGUUUAUAUGGGCGAUGAAUUGCUCAUGAGAGAAAGGAUGGUAUUAGACAACCAACAUUCAAUCACCACCACGGGAGACUCAGAACCUCGGAUGGCGAAAAGUCUCGCACCGUACCAUGUAUAUUCGACUAUACUCUUUAUAGGUCCUAAAUUCGAAAAGCUUACAGAAUACCUUAAAUUCAAAUCGAAUAAUACUAGACAAUAUCAGUUGAAAUCCCCACAGGAACUUAUAUGGUCUUAUAGCGAGACUGAUCAGAAGUUUAUGGCAGGUGUGAUUAGGAUUGCAUCAGUAGAGAUCGAACAGACUAGAACAUGGUUGAGAGAGGUAUUGGAGUUUGCGGGCAUCAAGGAUUUGGUGGGUGAAGGAAUAUGGCCUAGAUGCCUGUAA